UCUGCAAGUGUGUUAAACAUGCAUGUUUUUGAUGUUUGUGUUGUGUGUGUUUGUGCAGUGGUCAGGUGGAGUCCGCCGGUGAGUUUGUGCACGAGUGUGUUUCUCAGACGGCAGUCGACGGCCGCAGCAGCAGCGUUCGCCAGCUCCGCCGCUCCAGAGACUCAGGAGAACAGAAAACCCAAAACAGGGAUUCUGAUGCUGAACAUGGGCGGCCCGGAGAAACUGGAAGACGUGCAUGAUUUCCUCUUACGGCUCUUCAUGGACACGGACCUCAUGCAGCUUCCUGUGCAGAAUAAACUCGGCCCUUUCAUUGCUAAAAGACGAACCCCAAAGAUCCAAGAGCAGUACAGUAAGAUCGGAGGAGGAUCUCCAAUCAAAGCCUGGACCACCAUGCAGGGAGAAGGCAUGGUCAAACUGCUGGACGAGAUGUGUCCCGAGACGGCUCCUCAUAAGUUUUACAUCGGGUUCCGAUACGUUCAUCCUCUGACGGAGGAGGCCAUCGAGCAGAUGGAGAAGGACGGAGUGGAGAGAGCCUUGGCCUUCACGCAGUACCCACAAUACAGCUGCUCCACCACAGGCAGCAGUCUGAACGCCAUCUACAGAUACUACAGCAGUCGCAGCGACAGGCCCAAGAUGCGCUGGAGUGUGAUUGACAGGUGGCCGACACACCCACUACUGAUCGAGUGUUUUGCUGAACAUGUUGUGAAUGAGCUGGAGAAGUUUCCUGCAGAGAAGAGAGACGACGUGGUGAUUCUGUUCUCGGCUCACUCGCUGCCGCUGUCUGUGGUGAACCGGGGCGAUCCGUACCCACAGGAAGUUGGCGCGACGGUUCAGAGGGUGAUGGACCGAUUAGGACACUGUAACCCGUACAGACUCGUCUGGCAGUCAAAGGUGGGGCCGAUGGCGUGGCUGGGGCCGCAGACUGAUGAGGUCAUCAAGGGCCUCUGUCAGCGCGGGAAGAAGAACCUGCUGCUGGUUCCCAUCGCUUUCACCAGCGACCACAUCGAGACACUGCACGAGCUCGACAUCGAGUACUCACAGAUCCUCGGGGAAGAGUGUGGCGUGGAGAACAUCAGACGAGCCGAAUCUCUGAACGGAAAUCCACUGUUCUUCAGGGCGCUGGCGGAUCUGGUUCAGUCCCAUCUGAAGUCCAACGAGCCGUGUUCCCGUCAGCUCACCCUCCGCUGUCCGCUCUGCGUCAACCCCACCUGCGCUCAGACCAAGGCCUUCUUCUCCAGCCAGAAACCCUGACCUCUGACCUCUGACCUCUCAGCAGCUGUGAACCCAACGGCAGCGCUGGACUCUAGGUUAGCUUAAGGGUAAAGCCGGUGCACGAGGGUGGUUUCAGACUGAGACGAGUCAUAAGUGCCGCCCUCAUUGAAAACAAAUGCGUUUUUACCCCGGCUUACAUUCCAACCUUAUACAUCCAAAACAUCCGCAUCCCCUUCGCCUUUUUAGUUUCCCUCUUGGUCUUUCCAUCCAGAUUUUUUCUUGCAUGUGAUUGAGAACGCUUGUGUCUUCCCUUAAAAAAACGAAAUGCAGUCCUAAAAAAAAUGCAAAAACAGUCAGCGUGGAACAAAUGACACAUUAAUCAAAUAAACAUGGUGCUAAAGUUGUGUGCACAUGCAUUUGUGCGUCAGAUCGGCUUAAAAGAAAUCGUUCAC